CCAACUGAUGAGUCCUGUGAGCUAGGACGAAACCCAAGAAUGCAGAAUGCUAUGCAAGACAGUUCAAUCAUUAAAGCACCGUUUCUUAAAUGCCAUGUUAAUGCGGCUUCCUCCCGUCUUCCUUACGCAAUGGAUGCAUAUAACUUAAAGAAUCGAUUUCGAUAUAGAACUUCCGCAAUUUUUCGAGGAAUUCUAUCACAUGACAUGCAACCGAAAAUCUAUGGUCUUUGGCUGGACCGGAUGGACCGAUUAGUGGACACCGGAUACUUUGAUGUGAACUCUGAUAUCAUGAACAGGUUUGAUGAGAGACGUGGGGAUAUUCAGGAAAAGAUAGAAGUAUUGACGCUGCUUGGACGACGAGCAAAACAUGAGGAACAACGUAAUGUAGUAAUAGUGGUAAGAGGGAUAGGGGAUUAUUUUGAGUAA